UUUAAACCACAAAAGCUAGAUUCAACUUACAUCAUGUGAAAUUUCUACAGUUAUAUGAACCCAUGUAUACUAAGAAAUCCAAUAACAAAAGUUAGACUUGAAAAUACUUUCAGUGAAAAUAUCUCAAUCUCGCGAGAUUCGUUCCAGCAGGUGGAUCUGUCUAAACAUUACAGCAACAGGAGAGGGGAUUUCCAAUGCGAGUUCAAACCUAUUUAUAAGAGGAAACAGAGAGGAAUGAACAAUGUGAUUGAACGUCGUCAAAUUCUCAACCUCCUGCGUCGCCACCAAGGCCGCAUGGCUGAUCUAGAAGAUGGUUUAUUUCACCAUGAACGCAUCAUGCAUCAGGAACCAAUAGCUGAUAUCCCUGAGAGGAGGAAGGAGCGCUCUGAAAGAAUCAUUGUAGAUGGGGAUAACCUCAGAUACAAUGCACCUGAUGAAAAAGUAGGCGUGUAUAUUGCUGCCCAGCCUUUCACACCAGAGCACAACUACUUUGAAAUAGAAAUUUUAGACACUGGCGAUGCAGGUGCAAUAGCUGUUGGUCUGGUGCACCCGAGAUAUCCACUGGACAGGCAGCCUGGCUGGAACACGGACUCUGUAGCUUACCAUGCUGAUGAUGGAAAAUUGUUUAAGGCCAAUGGUUCAGGAAGAUCCUUUGGUCCCAAAUGCUGUAUAGGUGACAGGAUGGGCUGUGGCAUCAAGUUUGAUCAAAUCCAAAGAGAAGACAAUCCUAGACAUUUAGUUCCAGUAUUUUUUACAAGGAAUGGAAAAGAGAUUGGCACAUUGUCAGUCCCUAUUCCUGUGGAUGGGUUCUUCCCAGCAGUAGGCAUGCAUUCAGAGGGGGAAGAAGUAGUUAUCAACUCAGAUGCUGAGUGGCACUAUAGUGAUGAAAUCCUGAUGUCUGUUGACGACUGUGAAGAAGAGUGGUCUAGGCUGCACGAUAUCAGGUUAAAUGGACAGAUAUUAGAAUACACUGGACGUGGAAAAAGCAUAGUAGAUGUUGGUCUCGCACAAGCCAAACUUCCCCUAGAUACUGCAGGACAUUAUUUUGAAAUAGAAAUUGUAGAUCCGGGUGAAAACUGUUACAUAGCUAUUGGACUGGCUAGAAGGGAUUACCCAAAACAUAGACAUCCAGGAUGGAAUUGGGGGUCUAUAGCCUAUCAUGCAGAUGAUGGAAAAAUUUUCAUUGGAAGUGGUAUAGGUGACAAAUUUGGUCCCAGAUGCCAAAAAGGUGAUAUAAUGGGUUGUGGUAUACUGUUUCCAAGAGACUAUAGCAGUGAACACGACAGCGAUGAGCAGGACAUGUCACCAGAAGAGAUGGAAGUCAAUAAUGUCUAUGCAGCUCCAAACUACGCAAGUUCUGACUCUGAUGAUGAAGAGUGGUGGGUUCACAGACAUCACAUGGAUGGAGGGACUAAAGUCAAGGUUUUCUUUACAAGAAAUGGAAAAACAAUUGGCAGCAGAGAGGUGAAGGUCCCAAAAGGAGGAUUCUAUCCCACAGUGGGCAUGCUCAGUAGUGACGAGAAAGUACGUGUGGACUUAAGACCAUUGACGGGAUAGCAGGAUAAAGUGCAAUUUUCUCUUGCCAACUGACAAUUAUCCCGCAGUUUUGUGAUGUUUUAGGCAGAUUUUAUUUAUAAUGAACUCUCAUUUUAUGUGACAUUUUUUUCUGUUUAACAAGAUAUGGUUUUCUUUGUUAAUAAUUGCUAUCAUUCACCAACAUUAAGUAGCUUGUUUCAUCAACACAAGUAAUCAAAUCUUCAGUUAGCUCUUUUUGUAAGACUGGAUGGUGAUGUAGAUGUGCUGUGUACUUAAAAAGUAUGGAGACUGCAUUUUACUGGAGUCUUGGCUAUUUUUGAUGUAAAUUUUUCUUUUACCAGUUAUUAUCAUUAUAACCAUCUACAAUGGUUGGUGUUAUGAUUAACAUUUUACGUUGGAACUGAAAUGGUGAUUCAUGGUGGGAGUGGAACAGUAGCCACAAGUUUUCUUUUCCAGUCCAUAAACAUGAUGUGCUUCAGAUGUGCCAAAAAACUUGUGCUUCCUCAUGAAUGUAUUGUGAAGCAACAGAGUUACACAGAAACCUUUAAUAACGCCUUAUAGGGCAGGGUUUGAGCUUAGCAUUACUGCAGAUGCCUGUAAUAAUCUUAGAUUUGCCUCUUGUACGUUUAUAAAAAAAAAUUAACACUUUUUGACCUCAUUGGGUCUGUCUUUAUGCUUGCGAUGUGCAAACACGGUCAAUAAAACAACAAUGGUGUCUUUUAUGUCGUGCUUGUGUAAAAAUUGUUUGAAGAAAAUAUUUCUAUUUUAAAGGCUUAUGCAACUUGGCACUCUAAGUUUACGAUGCAUGUUCAGGUGUUCUGUAGUGUGCUUAUUUAUAAAAACAAUACAUGGUCACAUGGAAUUAUUGUUGUAGACAGGUUGUAGGCUAUAAUGUUUGAACCCAUUUGAUGGAAUGAGGUCAUGAAGUGACUGUUAGAAAAUUUGCUAUCCAAGUCAAACAGCACGCCAGAUUUAAAAAAAAAAAGGUUAAGAAUCAAAUUGCCCACUUUGAAUAGCAUGUUCUCUCUGAAGUAUAUAUUUUGUGCAAAAUAAAAAGUGUAUGUUAUAAUAGUU